AUGCAUCCUGUGGUGUACGCGCUGCUGCUGGUGGGCUCCUGCUUGGCCCACUACCGCGGCGGGUACGAGUCCCGCCUCAACCUCAUAGAAAGAGAAGAACCGCAGGAGGAACAGGACGGGGACAUAGUGGAAUGUCCUGUUUGCGGCGGGUCGGGUAACAGCGAGUGGCUACCCAGCAACGAAGUGUGUCCUAUCGUGAGAGGAGACAAGAGGUACAAACGCUGCCAAUUGGGAACUUACGUCAACACAGUCUGCGACAACCGCCUGGAUUGCUAUAGAGGACCAAGGGAGCAGUGCACAGAGAAAAUGGACUUCGACAUAUAUGGGCAAAAGUGUGCCCCUGGGUACUAUUGCAACAAGUACUUGGGGGUGUGUACAGGCCUCGAAUACAACGUGGAGAGCAAGACCCAGUGGCUGCUGAACCCUAAUCACCGAUACCCGCUCCGAGCUCGAAGGAGUAUCUGA